AUUCUUACUGCCCUAUAAUAACCCCAAAGAAAUAGACACGUCAUGUCAGUGAGCGGAUGAAUACGACUGCGCAUGCGCCGCUCACCCUUCACAAACUCGCCGAGCAGGGGAACCGAAAGAAGAUGAGGGUGCUGUGUGUGUUUGCUUUGCUUGCCUCGCUGGCUCUGGCAGUGACGGGGGAGGAAGGAGCUCGUCUGCUGGCCUCCAAGUCCCUGCUGAACCGCUACGCCGUGGAGGGCCGAGACCUCACGCUGCAGUACAACAUCUAUAAUGUGGGCACCAGUGCUGCGCUGGAAGUGGAGCUCUCUGACGACUCGUUCCCUCCGGAGGAUUUUGGCAUCGUCUCUGGGAUGCUUAACGUGAAGUGGGAUCGCAUCGCCCCCGCCAGUAACGUGUCUCAUACUGUAGUUCUGCGCCCUCUAAAGGCCGGUUACUUCAACUUCACCUCAGCCACCGUCAGCUAUUUGGCACAAGAAGGCGGGCAGGUCGUGGUUGGCUACACCAGCGCUCCUGGUCAGGGAGGCAUUCUGGCCCAGAGGGAGUUUGACAGACGCUUUUCUCCACAUUAUCUGGACUGGGCAGCUUUUGGUGUAAUGACUCUGCCCUCCAUCGGCAUCCCGCUGCUCCUAUGGUACUCCAGCAAGAGGAAAUACGACUCUCCCAAAAGCAAGAAGAACUAAAGGAGAAGUUUACUGUUAAAGCAUUAAAAAGGGGGUCAUGGAUUGGGACAGAAAUGUUUUUUCUGAGUUUCAGUAAUUUUAUUACCCAUAUUGGGGUAACAUGACUAAGUAUGCAAGUUUGGACAGGCUGUAUUUCUUUUUUUUUUUCCCACCCGUGCCAGCGCAUGACUGAAGUCACCUUUCCAUCUUCAACUUCAACUCAUCUUCAACUGCCAUCCCAGGCUCGAGCAAUCUAUUCCUCCUUCUUUUUUUUGUAAUUAAGUGUUAAGACAAAUUGGGUCAUUAUUGUCUUUUUUCUCCAGUGGGAACAAAUAAAAGUGGGUUUUUACAAAAACAUA